UUCUGCCAUUCGUUCUUCACCGGUUUUAGGUUACGUCUCUCGCCAAAUACAUAAUACUGCAUCCGUUCAAAAUGAUUUGGAUGAAUAUAAUAAAAUUCUCAACUCUCAGCGCGCUGCCCGACCUCUAUCUCCUCAUUUGACCAUUUAUCAACCUCAAAUAACAUGGUAUAUGUCCGGUUUUCACAGAGUUACUGGAGGAGUUUUGGCAACUGCUCUUUAUGGAGGUGCUAUAGUAUACGCUAUUCAGGGCCCGUUAGGAUUAGGAUUAAACACAGAUUCGCUUGUCGCUGAAAUAGCUACACUUCCAACUUCCCUUAAAUUGGCCGGAAAAUUCGCUUUUGCUUUUCCAUUUACUUAUCAUACCUUUAAUGGUAUUAGGCAUUUGAUCUGGGAUACUGGAAGUGCAUUAACACUCAAAGGUGUUUAUGCUACAGGAUAUACUGUAUUAGGGCUCUCUGCCAUUACCACCCUUGGA